AUGGCUGGCCGAUACGAGCGAGUCAACGUCCAGGACGAGGACGAUUCGCAUCCACAGCAGGGCCUCGGCCAACCCGUUCCCAGCUCGCCGCCGCCAUCUUUUCGCUCACGGGCAUCAUCCCGCACGAGACAGAACCAAGUCGACCAGGAUCUCGCCGAUGCAUUCGAUAGCGACGAUGAAAGCGAGGACGAAAGCGACGAUAGGCAGCGAUUAGUGCGCCAGACGGCGGCGACCCCGGCGACGACGGCCAGCGGGAGCACGUCGCCCACGCCUGCACCAUAUACACCGCCGUCAACAACAUCCGUAGCAUCCGCGGCGACACGAGGACGAGUCGUUGGCGGCGGCGUUGGCACCGACGGCGUGUUUGCCAACAUGUCGGCGCGGCCGGAGCGCGAGGCUGCCGCCGAAAAAGAAGAGAUGCCACCGACAUAUGAACAAGCCGCAGCGGACUCUGCACCACCAUACUGGGAGACGACGAUUCUGGCCCCCGGCCUCGGGGGUCUCGACGAAGUAUAUGUGGACGGCAUGCCCGUGGGCUCCGUCUUUUCCUUUAUCUGGAACGGCAUGAUCUCGACCUCCUUCCAGCUCGUUGGCUUUCUCCUGACCUACCUCUUGCACUCAACGCACGCGGCCAAGAACGGCUCCCGCGCCGGCCUCGGCAUCACGCUCAUCCAGUACGGCUUCUACAUGAAGGGCGGCGUUGACGGCGAGCCCCCCGCGAUGAGCGGGCCCGACGGCUACGCCGAGCCCCAGGACCCCAACUCUCACGACUUCCAGCCCGGCGAUGUCACGGGCGGCGGCGGCGGCGUCGACUUUUCCGGCGGCGAGUGGAUGUCGUACGUGCUCAUGAUUGUCGGCUGGUUCAUCCUCAUCAAGAGUGUCGCCGACUUCUUGCAAGCCCGCCGCCAUGAGCAGCUCGUGAUGCAGAGCCCAGACCGUGGUGUGCCCGUCGUUGUCGAGGGCGAGGCGGCGGUUUAG